CCCCCUCACCCCCGCUUCCGCCGCGCACCGCGCGCUUCCGCCGCGCCCGCCCCGCCCGCGCAGCCCCGCCCCGCGGCGGCGGCGAGGAUGAGCGGGCGGCGGGUAGAUGCCAAGGUGGUGCUGCUGGGGCAGGAGGGGGUGGGCAAGAGCAGCCUGGUGGAGCGCUGCGCCCACCGCCGCUUCCGCCCCGGGCCCUACCAGAACACAAUCGGAGCUGCUUUCGUGGCCAAGGUGAUGACUGUGGGGGAGCAGACGGUGACCCUGGGGAUCUGGGACACAGCUGGCUCGGAGCGCUACGAGGCCAUGAGCCGCAUCUACUACCGUGGGGCACGGGCUGCCAUCGUCUGCUACGAUCUCACCGACAGCAGCAGUUUCCAGCGGGCCAAGUUCUGGGUGAACGAGCUACAGAACUGCGAGGAGGGCUGCCGGAUCUACUUGUGCGGCACCAAGAGUGACCUGCUGGAGGAGGACAGGAGGAAACGGGGCGUCGACUUCCAUGAUGUGCAGGACUAUGCUGACGAGAUCAAGGCAGAGCUCUUUGAGACCUCCAGCAAGACAGGCCAGAGCGUGGAUGAGCUGUUCCAGAAGGUGGCUGAGGACUAUGUCCACUUCACCGCCUUCCAGGAGAUGACAGAGGAGAAAGGCGUUGACCUGGGCCAGAGAAGCGGUGCCUAUUUCUACAGCUGCUGCCACCACUGAGACCUCCUGCCAAAAGGGAACUGCUGCUGCCAGCCGGGCAGCCAUUACGCACCGGACUCCUCUGUUUUUUUAUCUGCUGUGUUUUAGCUGUAUGGGUGCUGUCGGCAUCGUCGCAGUGGUGUGCAGCCCUGUGGACUUUCUCUUGGCAUGUGGAGCAGCAGGGGGCUGAUGUGCCGCACUGGGAGCCUCCUGUGGUGCCAGGAGCCGUGGGCUGUCAUCCCAGGGGACCUCCCUGUCCCCCAGUGUUUGUGGGAGCUGCUUCCCUGAGUCCCUGCUGUGGUGCAGCUGCAGCCAUUAACUUAUUCUCUUGGAGAUGCUGCCUGAUGAUUCUUCGCAGAUUUGUUUGAGUGUCUUCUCUCGAGGUGUACAAUGUAAAUAAAACGCGAUAUGGUCUGA